AGACUCAAAUAAUGAAGUAUCUUAUUGUUCUAUGCCUGGUGAUUGCCGUGGCUCUCGCCAAACCACAAAAUCUUCUGGAGAAGCUCCUCCAAAAGCCUGACGUGGAUACCUGUGCAACAGCUAAGGAUCUUGGACCAAACUGCGUAAACUGGGCUCGCAACGGAUUCUGCACAAAUUGCCAAUGGACAUGUGCUCAACGCAAGCACUACUGCGAACGUACCUGUGGAUUCUGCCAUCCGGAUUAUGUAUGCAAUGAGCAGUGCUUGACACAAGCGCCACGGAUAAUGAAAGAGCUUUCUAAGGAAGAAAUUGAAAUGUUGAAUCGGCAAUGAUGUGUUUUUGAUUUGAAUAAAUAACUCUCAAUUGU